UUCUCGUUACAUUUUUUUUACAUUUGCGAUUUUUUUUUCUGGUAAUUUUACUAUUCUAGUAACUAAUUCGAAAGUUGUUAAAGGGUGAAGUGUAAUUAGUCGUAGUUAAAUUUAUUAAAGGAUUGUGAUUAAAAUGCGUAGACACGGUUACACGACGUGCUCGGAGAACGAGGACGAUUGUUUUUACGAUAUCAGAGACUAUAGGCGGUUGAGGCGCGAAUCCAAAAUUAUCUUGUUUAAACCUUCGUUCCACUCGGUGACGGACAAGAGGUCACAUAACAACGAGUGCGGAGAGUACAGCGUCACAAUAGUCACGGAGAAGAAGAUAGAAGAUGACUCCUCAGACUCAUCCAGUGGAGAAAAUGUGGAGAUUGAAGAUAAAUCAUUGCCGCUAGUCCAACCUGCGUUGGUGUCUUCAGAAGAAGGUCAUGCCGCCCAAUGUUCCUGCCCAAACUGUGAUGAACUGAUCUCACGUUUCUCAGAAUGCAGUAUAUGCUUGGAACCUUUACAAUGUUGCGGACCCUGUGUCUGUCCUUGGUGUGGAGGAGUCUGGUGCGGGAGGUGUUCUCGACGCAUGUCCAGAUGUGCCUGGUGCAGGGGAGCUCUCAGAUCGCCAGCAUUACCGUGUCUGGCGCUACAGCGACUCAUCAACGACCUCAUGUUGCCGUGUAGGAACUAUAGACGCGGAUGCACAGAACUCUUAACUGCUGUUACCAGAGUCAAGCACGAAGAAGACUGCAAAUUCGACACCAUGGUCUGCCCCAUCACAGCUGGCUGCUGCACAGUUCCUUUCGAAGAACUCUCAUCACAUUUACAAAAGACUCACAACAUCAUCGCAGUCUACUCACAGAAGAUCAAGAUUCUCAUUGAAAACUUCCAAACGAAGCUGAAGAAGACAGCGUGCUGUCGAACAAAGUACAAGAUUAUACUGCUGCACCAGAAAAGCGCUUUCAUCAUCAAAGUGUGCAUCUAUAACUACCACGUAAGAGUAGAAGUUAUGAGGCGGAAACUCGGCUACAUAGCUGAUGUAAAGUCAGAGACAAAGAAAAGCGAAUACUGCGCUUUAAUCGAAUUCCAAAGCAAAGCGCUUUGCACAAAAUCAGCUAUUCUCAUAGAAAAUGAGGCUUAUGGCAAGAAAGCUGAAGUGCAAUGGAACGAUGUUGUAAUGAAAUCAGACACAGAUGAAGCCAUCACCAUUCAUGUAAAUAUCGGCAAAUCAGACGCUGAUCUAAUGAGGAAAGAAUAUUCAGAAUCUUGAACUGUAAACUGAAAAUGUGUUAGUGAUAUUCUCCAAGUUCUAAUGGCUCCGCUUACCCAGUGAAUGGCAAGCGGGGUAGCCAAGAAAAUCGAGUGUAAAACAUCGUGCUCAAUGAAGUAAAGACAAUUUUAAAUAAAUCACAAUAUCAUUCCGAUUAUGUAGAUAUGCAUUUAAAUGUUAAAAUAAAAUUAUUUGUAUUUAAUAAUGAAGUGGAAUUUAGAAGUUUGGAUUAAGUUAUGUUGUUGGUGGAAUUCGCGGAUUCAAGUGACGAAGACGAUUUUGUAAUGGAUGGAAAAGAAAUAUAUGAGAAGAUGUUGCUGUUUAAAAGCAAUAGCGGUAAUGUUACAGCUGUUAUUUAUUGAAAUAAAGCUAAUGUUAACAUUACUAGCGAGAGAAUACGGAAAAUAAACUCGUCAUUAUAAGGAACUUAACGACGACUUUGAAUGUUACCUCCAAAAUAUUUAAAAGAUAAUUUGAUUCGGUGUACCAGUCCAAAUCCUUGAGUUUGCGAAUCAACGCCAAUUGUGACUGAUAUAGCCUUAACAUUAGAAUAAUUUUAAUAUUUAAGCAUACGGUUAUGUAAGAUAAUAAUAUAUUACAUCAAUAAGUUUCUUAAAAGAUGC